GAUCGAAACCCUAGCGGCCACCAAAACCCUAGCUGGCUCUGCUUCCCUAUUCCCUUCUCUCGAUUUCUCAAGAUGGAUGUUGAGAAACUCAGGAAGAUGGCCGGUGCCGUUCGCACUGGUGGGAAGGGCAGUGUGAGGAGGAAGAAGAAGGCGGUUCACAAGACCACAACAACAGAUGAUAAAAGGCUUCAGAGCACUUUGAAACGAGUUGGCGUAAAUGCUAUCCCUGCUAUUGAGGAGGUCAACUUUUUUAAAGAUGAUUAUGUUAUUCAGUUUUUCAACCCCAAAGUUCAAGCUUCAAUUGGGGCCAAUACCUGGGUUGUCAGCGGUACUCCUCAGACGAAGAAACUUUCGGAUCUGUUGCCUUCUCUCUUGAAUCAACUUGGACCUGAUAAUGCGGACAAUCUUAGGAAGCUCACCGAGCAAUUUCAAAAGCACGCCCAAAGUGCCGGCGCUAUCAAACCAGAGAAUGAGGAUGACGAUGAUGUCCCUGAGCUUGUUGCCGGAGCGACUUUUGAAGGUGUAGCUGAUGAGAAGCCGUCUUCAUGAAGAGAUAAAGAUCUGUAAUCGAUCAAAUUUAGUUUUUGAUUCCUUCUCAGCAUCUUCACCCGCGUUUUUUUUGUGUCCUGUCUGUUUUUGGCGUCCGAGCAGUUCACUUUGCCAAAGUUUCUUGUACACUUCUGAAUUGUUUCCUUAAAUUCACAGGGACUCUCUCUCUCUCUCUC